GUGAGUGACGGAGCCGUGAGCGGUCCGUGACGCCCCUUCCGCCGCCGGCACGAUCCCCCGUAACCCGAGCGCGGCGGCGCUCGCCACCUCACCGCCCCCGGCCGCGCGGGGCGGGGGCGUAACGUCGUCACCUCACCCCCACCCUAACGCCAACGCCGCCGCCCGCUGGCCCCGCCGCUGCCGCCGCUGCCGCCGCCGUGGCUGGGGAGCGGAGCCCGCGCGCGGCGUAGCCCUAACGCCGCCACGGGGGACGGCCAUCCAUGGCCUCCUGCGACGACGACUUCGGCCUCCUCGCUGACGACGCCCACGGCCCCGCAGUCCCCGAGGCGGCCGCGUCGUCGCAGGCCGCGCCCCCGCCGCCGCCGCCGCAUCAGCAGCAGCAGGGCCAGGCCUUCGGCUUCGGCGAUGCGGCCGCUGGCCCCUUCGCUCCGGGCCAGGAGGAGGGGAACAGCCACAGCGCGGAGCGAGGGAAGGCGGCGGCGCACCACUCCUCCUCCAAGCGGGGGAGGGACCGCGCGGAGGAGUUCAGCGAUGGGGGCGAGUACUGUUCCUACAUCAACAGCGGUGGAGGUGGCGGCGGCGGCGGGGGAAAGAAGGGCCGGGGCGGGGGAGGUGGUGCGGGUGCGGGUGCGGGUGGUUCGUCGGAGUACCGGAAGGACCGGGAGGAGUGGACUGACGGCGCCAUCAGCAGCCUCCUCGACUCCUACACGGAUCGGUUCGAGCAGCUCAACCGCGGAAACCUACGGGGGCGGGACUGGGAGGACGUCGCCGCCGCCGUGACGGACGGGCAGGGCAAGGGCAGCGGGGGCAAGAGCGUGGAGCAAUGCAAAAACAAGAUCGACAACCUCAAGAAGCGGUACAAGGUGGAGUGCCAGCGGCUGGCCGGCUCCGGGACCUCUGCCGCCAGCCACUGGCCCUGGUUCAAGAAGAUGGAGCAGAUCGUGGGCAACUCGUCUUCUCCCGCUUCCUCCAAGGCGCCGGUAAUCUCCGACGACGACAAGUCACGGCAACAGCAGCAGAACAGCAGCAAAAGGUAUGCUCCUUCUGGCAGUGGCACUCCCACCUUGGGCGGCGGCUCCAGAUUGGCCCCUCUAUCAAAUCCAAAAUGGAAGAGGGUCCUUCUCAAGAUUGGGGGCACAGCAUUGGCUGGAGCGCCUCCUCAAAAUGUUGAUCCUAAGAUAAUUAUGCUGAUUGCCCGAGAAGUUCAAGUAGCAUGCCGCCAUGGCGUUGAGGUGUCAAUUGUUGUGGGAGGUCGGAAUAUAUUCUGCGGCGACACUUGGGUUUCUGCAACGGGCACUGAUAGAGCUUCGACAUACCCAAUUGGAAUGAUGGCAUCAGUGAUGAAUGCUGUAUUGCUCCAAGCAUCACUAGAAAAGAUAGGUGUGGAGACACGAGUCCAGACUGCACUGAUGAUGCAAGAAGUUGCAGAGCCAUACAUAAGGCGACGAGCCAUACGCCAUCUUGAAAAAGGAAGGGUCGUUAUCUUUGGCGGAAUUGGUGCUGGCAAUGGAAAUCCACUUUUCACAACAGAUACAGCUGCUGCCUUGAGAGCUUCUGAAAUCAAUGCAGAUGUUGUACUUAAAGGUACUGCUGGAGAUGACGAUUAUGGUUGCCCUCCUAGGAGCAACAGCAAUCCACAGUUUGAGCACAUCUCAUUUAGGGAGUUAGCGGCUAGAGGAAUUAGCAGAAUGGAUAUGACAGCGAUUACAUGUUGUCAGGAGAAUAAUAUUCCUGUUGUCAUCUUCAACAUGUUAGAGCCUGGUAAUAUUUCCAAAGCAAUUUGUGGAGAUCAAGUAGGUACAUUAGUUGACCAAUCAGGAAGGAUUACCUAAACUUUGAGGUUAGCUGCAGUAUAGCGGGUCAUGCCCAUAUUAUGGGGGUAGCAUGCAUAUUCGUUGAUUUUUGUGGAUGCGAGAGUGGGCAUGUUCCUUGACAGAAGGCUCCCACCUUGAUUUGCCUGGGAUGCUUGUUGUGUACUAUCUAUUCAAUUCCAAUUCUCUACAACGAGAAAACAGAGUAUCCGGUAGUAUCCUUUUGUAAUGUGAUAAGUAGAUUAGAUUAGUUUGAUGGGCAUGUAUCCUUGUAUAAAUUGGUUCGCUGGUAACCGCAUCAAAGUAGUGUUGUAACCUUGUAAACACUGUUUGAAUUUAGUGUUGUAUUCUGAAAUAAUAUUUACUUCUCAUGUUCUCAUC